AUGUGUAUCGCAAUUCUCUCGACCACGCAUCCCGACUAUCGCUUUAUUAUUAUCAACAAUCGCGAUGAGUUCCUAGCCCGUCCAACAUCCAGGGCAAACUGGUGGCCCGAACCACACACACAUAUCCUCUCCGCGCGCGACCUCGCUCGCGCCGCACACGGAACAUGGCUCGGAGUCACAAGGACUGGCCGAGUCGCCGUGCUAACGAAUUGUCUUGAGACGAACUGCGCCCGUGCGGUCGGCACGCGAAGUCGCGGAGACAUCAUCAACUCCUGGCUGACUGCCUCAUCCGAACACCCUGCGGCGGCGAACGGCCAUGUGGAGGAAUUUAUCGACGAAUUGAAGGCAAGCCAAGAUCUCGACUCCGUGGGCGGGUUUAACCUACUUCUCGGAGAUGUCAGCGAGCCAGAGCCCGGAGCGUUAGCGAUUGUGUCGAAUCGCAGUGCAAAUAUGGAGUGCUGUAAUGGCGAUGUUCAGGUACGGAGCGUGAAUGGAGGGAGUGGGUUGACGGUCGCGUUGAGCAAUAUGACUCUGGAAGGGGAGGGCGCCGAUCACACAAAGGCAUGGAAGAAGAUAUUGCUCGGGGAGAGCUUAACAGCGGAUGCGGUCGCGGCGAGUCUGGAAAAGGGCGACGAUGAAGAUGCCCUCGUUGAGCGACUAUUCGGUGUUCUUUCAACAGAUACCCUUCCCCGACUUCCUGGUGGGACAAAGGCGGAGGCCUAUCUCGGACUAUUCAAGGAGAGCAUCUUCAUUCCAGCCAUAGGAAAGGCCUCGGAGAAGCAUGAAGAGGGCGAAGUGGAUUGGAAUGCGAAGCUGCUCGACCCGUCAUAUAUGGAGGGUAUGUACGGCACGCAGACGCAGACUGUCAUCCUGGUGGGACAUGACCGACGGGUGCGGUAUGUCGCGCGGACACUGUAUGACGAGGAUGGGCAGCCGCUGUCGCCAGAGGAGAGGGAUCGAUCUUUUGAAUUCCAGGUGGACCUGUAG